GGCGGGAAACGGGGUGGCGGGAAAAGGAGACCCGGAGGGGGGGGAGGGGAACUUCCGGUUUGAGUGACACGUGGGCGGCCUACUUCCGGUUGGGGGCUGUGCGAGGGAUGAGAGCGGCGCUGGGCGCGCUGGCUGUGCUGCUGUUGCUCCGCUCCCCGUGUCGCCGUCUGACGGCGAUGGCGGCUCCCGAAGGAGCUUCGUACCAACACGGAAACGUCUCGGCUGCGUUCGUUACGUGUCCUAACGAGGACGUGGCCAAGAGGAUGGCACGAGCCAUGGUGGAGCAGAAGCUGGCGGCCUGUGUCAACAUCGUCCCCAAGGUCACAUCCAUGUGAGUUAUGGGGUCAUACAGGGGCACUAUGGGGGCAUAUGGGGGCAUAUAGGGG